CACUUGCCUAGUUUGUGAUUCUUUUGCUAUGAACGGUUGUCAUCAAUUUCAGACCGAUCUAUCUGGCUUCGAGACUAGACAGCUUGCUACCAUUCAAGCUUCAUCGUCGACUUUCCCAGGCUUCGAAAUCUUGCCAGUAAAAGCAGCCAUGUCAACUUGACAAGACUCCCGGACAUUUCCCAAACAAAAUGUCGCAUCCCAAUGGCGCCAACCAUGCGAAUGGCACACGCAAGGCCAUGCGUGUUCCUACGGUCGCAGAGGCUCUCCCGUUCUCGCCAUUCACAUCUAUCGUGCCAUUCACUCUGGAUGCCAUACCUCCUCCAUUAGCGUUUCCUUCGUCCCCGGCUCAGAUCUUCUCGUCAGAAGAACAAAAGAUCUCGGCUCAUGGAAUGCUAGAGCGACUCGACGCGCAAGCCAACAAUGCUGAAAGAGCCUCGGAGCAGUUGACCAAGACGCUGGAAUCUGUCCAACACCUUCUCAACCCGGACAAUCUCACUCAAUACCGCUUCAACAAACCUGCUAGGUUUGCGCAGUCCAACUCUCGUCCCGGCCAGUCCGCAUCAACUCCAUCCAGGAUCCAACUUGGCCCCUUCGCAAAGAUGGUUCUUGACAGAACUAUUCCCUCUCACUACACUGCCACAAAAGCCACUCUACCUACGCCGGCUUCCAAUGCGGUAUCCAAGCCAUCCAAGCCACAGGCCCGUACUGUCACACCGGCAGCAACUAUACCCGUUCCUCUCCACCACAAUCAGAGCCGCUCUCAACCAACAACUGCGCCUCCAUCAUCUGCGACACAACCUGCGUCUUCAGCUUCAAGACCCCUUCCACAAGUUGUGAUACCCAUCACUCUAUCGCCAGCCCCUCCCUCUCAACAACCAAGCCGUUCAUCGCAAGCACACAAUAAUCUACCAGCCCAAUCGCAAGGCUCUCAACCCAGCUCUCAAAGAUCCACAAUCGCUGUCGUGAUACCGAAAGCUCUCACCGAGGCACAACGCGCUCAGUACAACUAUGUGCCUUCCCAGAACAUUUCUCAGGCCACCAAGACCGAUGCUGAGAAACGUGCGCAAUUCGAGGACAAUCAACGUCUGACUUCGGCGAACAUCGUUCUACAAGAAAAGGCGAAUACCGCAGUGACACGGCUUCGAAACUUGAUCGCUGAGAUCUUUGAGGCUGAGGAUCAAAUGCAAGCCGACACGUCUGGAAUGGUCUCGUCCAACGCUGCUCGCUUCUUCAACACCGAGGACGCAACUGAGGGCGCGCCGGUCCUUCAAGCGACCGUCCAGACACAGCUUGACAGUGCCUUGCUCAAGGUCGUCUCCAAUGGUCGCCUCUCUACCAUUGAUGUCGACGACCUUAGCCGCAUACAACGCUUGUGUGAUCAUGCUGCCAGCGCAGCAGGUCUUGCCAAUUAUCGCAUCGAUGAAGAUACGCCACAAGAGGUCGAUGAAUGGCUUCACCGCAUCGCCAUUGGAGAACAAGGUCUGACUGCUUGUAAAACAUUGCUACGUAUUAUGACGGCUGGCCGCGAGGAGAAGCAAUUGUACUCUGAAGAGACACUCAUCACUCUUCUGAACAGUCUGACCCAUGUGGUCGAGACUUGCAUCAUCCCCGUGGUGGAGAUGAGAAGUAAUGGGGAAACCAGCGAUGCGUUCAAGGUGGCCUCUUUCCAAAGCAAGCCACUCAAUCAGCUGCUCACCGUCUGUAUCCGCGUCAUCAAGCUUCUGGGUGAUCUCAUUGCAGCGACCGACGUCGAUGAGCGUGCUAUCAUAUCCGCAGAAUUUAUCUGCAAAACUUUGGUAUUCGUCGAGAAUGCGACAGCUGAAAAGGAUUCUGCGCUUGGGAUUCAAAGAUUUGAAACUGCUCGUAGAGCUGCCAUGGAUGUACUCGCAAAGGUCUUUGCCCGCUACCCGGAUCAAAGACAAUCAAUCUUUGAUGAAAUUUUGACCUCUCUCGAAAAACUUCCUGUCGGCCGACAAAGCGCUCGUCAAUUCAAAAUGGUCGAUGCAAAGCCAAUUCAACUGGUUUCAGCUCUUCUCAUGCGGUUGGUUCAGACUAGCGCGACUCGUAUGGAAGCCAAAACGAAAGUCAUUCCCGAGGACGAUGCAGAGGAGAACGAGGAAAAAGAUCCGGAGUCUUCUGAUGAUGGCGCUGAUGAAGACUCGGACUUCGACAGCGAGACCGAGAAGAAACGUCGUCCCAAGCCAAAGCCCAAGAAGCGCGUGAGCGAGGGGCCCGAGGACUUAGCGUCAAUUUCCAACCCUCUCUUUGAAGCUGCAUACAGAGACGCUCACUAUGUCGUCAACUACAUGGUUCAGCGUGCUUUGACUUCAACGAAAACCGGUGAUCAGCCAUACAGAAACCUUCUCGACAUCUUCACUGAAGACUUUUUGAACGUACUGGGCAACACCGAUUGGCCCGCAGCGGAGAUGUUCCUCCGUGUGCUUUUGGCAAAGCUGUUUGAACUUUCAGAAAAUCACAAAGGAUCGGCGCCUUCGAAAGCCAUGGCUCUUGAGUUGAUGGGUCUCAUGGCCUCCAGAAUCACAGAGCUACGUCUUCUGGCCCAAUCCUCAGCUCGUCACCCCAACACAGAUCGCUCGGAAGUCACAGCCAUGUUGUUGCAGAUCCAUGAGAGCAUUGUCGCAGAGCAGCUGGAAGAUGAGGAAUUAUUGUCAUUUGAUGGCCCCUACCGAAUUGUUCUCGAAUAUCUUCAGGCUAGAGGUACGGAAGAUAAGGAGUUGUUGACUGCACGUGGUUACCAUACCGUUCAGUGGGCCAAGCAGGUUCUCCAACCCAUCCAAGGUACAUCGAGGUUGACGAAACUCGAAGAUCGCCUGGCGCUCAUGGUCAAGGACUCGACAUGGCUCGACCAGUACGAGUACAAGAAGGUUACCACAGAGGAUGGCAGAUUUGCCGCCGUCUUAAUUACCAUGAAUUUGCCCUUCUGUCGUGCCUUCAACAAGAUCUUUAGUAAGCUUCUUGGCACUAUGGCCGGUGAUCAAGCUUCCCUACGAAGCAAGAGUCUGAAGAGUAUUGAACAACUUCUCGAGAUGGAUCCGGCGGUUCUCGAUCAAGGAACAUUCUUCAUCAACAGCAUCAUCAGGUGUUUGCAGGACAAUUCAACUCAGGUUCGAGAUUCUGCUCUGGGUCUGAUUGCGAAGUGUCUUUCGUUGCGACCGAAGCUAGAUACGACGCUCUACGAGCGCGUCAUCAUGAGAGCUCAGGAUGCCAAUUUGCACGUUAGAAAGCGCGCGAUGAAGAUGUUGAAAGACAUGUACUUGCGCAACGACGCCUUGAGCAUGAAGGCCUUGAUCGCAGACACUUUGAUCAAUCGAGUCACCGACGCUGAUGAAAGCAUUGUGGAGCUCGCUCGCCAUACUUUCGAAGACAUCUGGAUGACGCCUUUCCACACCAUCUCUGGUUCAGACACGGACUCAGUCAAGAAGAAGCUUCGUCUACGUGAGCAAACCAGUUUGGUGAUCAACAUUGUCAAGCGCAAGACGGAUACCACAGAGGCAGUCUUGCCCGAGCUCUUACAGCAGAUCUUGUCGGACAAAUCCAAAGCAGCAAAGCCCAACAUCGCAGUCUGUAAGGAGAUGGUCAAGCUAAUGUUCGACGCUAUCAUUGAUCCAAGCGAGCUUCCGGAAAGUCCUCCGCAGCAACACGUAUUGCAAACGCUCACCAUCUUUGCUGCUGCGAAUGCCAAACUUUUCACUGCCGAUCAGCUCCAGACUCUACAACCUUAUGUCAAGAACCUCAGCUCUGACGACAAUCUGCUAGUAUAUCGCUCGGCAAUCGUCAUUCUCCGUCACACUCUGCCCUAUAUGAAGAACCUCAAUCGAGACUUCUUGAGUAACAUUCAGCAAGCUCUUCUUGGAAGCUUUACUAGACUCCCACCAGCAGAGCUCAAGGAGGUGGCAACAUGCCUUUGGACGCUUGACGGUGAAUUGCACAACACUGAAAGACUCGUCAAAGUUACACUAUCGCUCUAUGAUCAGAUCAAGCGAGGCUUAGUUGUUGAUAUGAACGGCAACCCAGCUGCAGCGCAGAAAACGAGAAGACUCAUCACCAUUGCUGGUCAUUUUGGUAAAGCAUUCAACCUCGAUUCUCAUCUCGAGGCUUUCAAGGAGAAGUUCACAGACUACAAGGGCAAUCAUGUGGCUUUCCUGGCAGUCGACCUGAUAUGCCCGUUCACAAGUCCUAAUCAGCCCAUGGUACUUCGUCAAGCAGCACUCGAUAGUGUCUGCAUGUUGUGUCAAGCAUGGCCUGGUCAACUGAUGCGCACCGAUGUUUGCAGUGCUUUCAAGUUGGCUCUUGAGUCUGAUGAGCCGCAGUUGCCUAUGACUUUAAUUGUUGGUCUCAAAGACUUCUACUGUGCUGGCGAUAAGCCUGGUGAGUCGAGUCAAAUUAAAGUCGGGACUGGUGUGGAAGCCGGCACCGAGAGGCUGGGCAAUACAUACAUGGCGACUGAUCGUGACGGCGCGGCCACCUCUAUUGCUCAACAGUUCUUAGGUAAGAUUCGCCAUGUCGCUCUCACUUCUGCCGAUGCUCUCGCCUUCAAUGCAGUCCAAGUGGUCGCUAGUAUCGGCCGUCAAGGUCUUGUACACCCUAAAGAGACAGGACCAUGCUUCAUUGCUCUUGAGACCUGUCCGGAUGCUAAGAUAGCCACUUUUGCCUUCCAGGAACACAUGGGACUUUAUAGCAAACACGAGGCUAUGUUCGAAAAAGAGCACAUUGGCGCAAUUCACCAAGCUUUCGAGUAUCAGCGAAAUGUGGCAAAGAGCAAUCAGGGUUACACUGGCACUCCUCCAACCUCGAAGAUGCAUCAUUUCUGGGAAGUGCUCAAGACUGGCAAAGCAAAAAUCCGCAUCAAGUUCUUGACAGCAAUCUGUGGCAAAGCAGGAGUGGGCUUUGAUGUUUCGAAAUUAGACAUGUCGGGCGCGCUGCCUUCCCAUGUCGCUUUCACCCGCUUUGUCUCUGAGAACUUGGCUUUCUUCGACUACUCCAAGUUCGAUGAACUACAGCAUCUGAUCGAUUGCCUCGAGAAGCUCAUGGCCAACACUGGUACUCCUGUGGCUCACAUGGUCGAUGUUGAUGUCCUUCGAAUGCUGAUCGAACAAGACGCACCAAUGACUGAUGUUGAGAAUGGUGUUGCAAACCCGACCACCUUCACCGGAAGCCAAAGCAAGCCUGUCGAGCCAGCGCGCUUGAGAGAGCUGACUGUCUACGUGCAAAUUCUUCUACUCUUGUGGGAAUUACGUACAUAUCUUCGUCGUGUCUGGAACGUGUCCAGACACCAGACGUUGGCCAAGGGCAAGGCCAGUAAGGAGGGUAUCCGUGCACCACAACGCAUCCCCAACUCGACCAAUCUGACCGAGAGGUACCUUCAGCGUAACCAAGAGAUUAUGAAGGCCCUCGAGGCGCCUGAGGAUCAACUCAGGCUCUGUUCUUCCUUUUCGGAGGUUAUGGCGGUCGACAGUGAGCUCAAGGUCGACAGAGAGGACGAGGAAGGUGACAUGGACACCUCAAUGACAUUGAACGGUGAUGGAUAUGAAACGCCAAGCGAGAGAGGUGAAAGCGCAACGCCCGGCAGUGGUCAGAAGCGUGGCCGCAAGCGAAAGAGCAUCGACUCUUCGCAGAAUACACCAAGGAAGAAGGGACGACCGAGGAAGAACUCGAGUGUGCAAGGCCGCUCCGUCUCAUUUGCUUGAUGACGAUGGUGCAUCAUUCCCGCCUUUUGCUUUUACAGAUUAGGUGCUUGAACAAUCUGUAGCACAUUGCUCCUUAUUGCGAUGAGCUUGAAAUGCUACGUACCUUAAUUAACAAUCACGUUUGUUUGCUUCUGCAUCGUGAAUCGUGAAUCGUGAAUCGUGGACGG